AGACUGGUGCAGGGGACAGUGUAACUGACGUCAGUGCGAGUACAGUGAAAAAGAAGGCGCUCAGGGAAGCCAUGGAAGACUGCGGAUUCGACGGCAAGGAACUAUUUACCAGGCUGUACUACAAUGAUGUCAAAGAUUUACUUCGUAUGUCGGCGCUAUGGAAAGAACGCACCCCACCUACACCCUUAGAUAUCAAUGCUCUGCCCGUGGAGGACACGGCCACUCCCGCCGAAGCAACAGCGUCAUCGACGGGAAAAACACUGCAAGAGACGCAACGUGUUUGGAGCUUAGUAGAAAAUGCGAGCAAGUUUGUGCAUAGAGUCAACAAAAUCAAAUCUAGACUUAAUCUGAGCGGGUCUGCAGAUGGGGAGAAAAUUAUACUAACAUGGGAUAAGGAUGAACCGGAUUUCUUGGACUUUUUGGUUGCGGCUUCUAAUUUAAGGGCGUGUGUCUUCGGCAUCGCCACAACUUCUUUAUUUGAUGUGAAAAGUAUGGCGGGUAAUAUUAUUCCCGCUAUUGCCUCGACAAAUGCAAUCACCGCCGGAUAUGUUG